UGGCUGUGGUUCUAUCCUCUCUGGCUGUUAUCGGAGUUGUUAUCGGAGUCACCUUUUACCUCCUGGAGCAGGAGCAAGCAUCCCUUCUAGAGAACCAGGAGAUCCAGGAGAACCAGGAGAACCAGGGGAACCCUGAGAACCUCCAAAACCUGAAGAACCUUGAAAGGUUUAGUAAAAAACAAUCUGAGCCUCAGGAAGAUCCAAAAUUACCAAAAAGGACUAUUAUGACAGAACUGCUGAACCGACAAAAACUACUGGAGAUGGCCAAACAACGUCUUUUGGCUUUCAGAGAGGGUUCACUUGGUGGGGGCCAGGAGAGAAGAGUUGAUCAGUUUUUGCGACCAACAAAGGAGGAGCAAUCUAUAAUUUCAAGUUUAAUCUCCGGAGGUUCAGCUCUCUCAGCAAACUCCGCCGGAGCUAAACCCGGAUCCGGAGCUAAACCCAGAGAUAAACCUGACCCUGUCAGAGAUCUUGACGCUCUGCUCUUCCCGGAGGCCCAGACGGAGAAAAGUAUGGAUACGACGAGCAAAUCAGAUAAAACCGAAGAUUUAGAGUUCGGAGGAGUUGGGUUGUUUGGAUCCAUGUACCAGGGAGACCAGGGAGCAGACCAACCAAACCAUAGGUAUGGUGGUAUCCCAGUAGACCCUACACUACCGGAGCAGGACGGAGAACAAGUUCAACCCUCUCAGGGUCUAGGGAACAUCAGGAGAUACCAAGAUACCAACAGAGAUAUCUAUGAUAUGACGGGUCCGAGACAAAGACAAGGAGUUAGGAGAAAACAGUUUCAAUAUCAGCUUCAACAACAACAACAACAACAACAACAACAGCAACAACAGUUUAUUAGACAGAGAAUUCUUAGACCGGGCCUUGAGGGUCGAUUUAGAGGAAUAGAUACAGAUGAGGCACAAUUAGCAGGAACAUCUAUCGUCGAGUUUACUGAUGACGUCAUAGGAACUAAGGAACCUGGAACCCAGUCCUCUACUCUGGAUGGAACAAUAGGAACCCAGUCCUCAAUUAUGGAUGGAACGCUUGGAACGGAUAUGUACGCUGAGCCCAGUAUUUCAAGUUUAGUUUUGGAGAAGAAUAUAAUCACUAGUGAUGGAAGCAUUAGACCUUUAAAAUCGUCCGGAGAGAUUACCAGUGGACUCGGAACAAUAGAUCGGCGGCCAGGCCGGCCAACUUUCCAUCAUCAGGGACCCCUUGGACGCCCUAGAUACAAAGCUUUAAACAGAGAGGGUCAAGAUGUUGAUGGCCAAGAAACUUCUGAGAGUGGACCAAACAUUGGUCCUUUGAUUGGACCUCAGAUUGGGCCUCAGAUGGGCCCUAAUAUGCCCCUUAACAUACAGGAGGAAGAUUCAAGUCUUGGAGAAGAUGAAACCAAUCCAGGGCGCGAACAAAUGAAGCUGCUAAGACAGGAGCUGCAGUCCGGUAGACUCAGUAGGGAGCAGCUCAUUCAACUGCGCCGAGCUCAGCAGUCAGGACAGCUUAAUUUAGCUCAGCUACCCGGCAUUCAGCAGCUCAUGAAACAGCUGCCGUUUGGUAUGCUUCGAGCUGCUCAGCAGCAGCAAGAGGGCGACGAAGCGGAAGAUAGAAUGGAUGGACCCAGGCCGGAAGAUUUAGAGGCGGAAGAUGAUAGAAGAAUAUUUGGCGGACAAAGACCUUUUGGAAGGCGGAGGUUUAGAGGCCCAACAGCUGCCAAAUAUCAGCAGGAUGAAAUAAUGAUGGAUGAUCUCCAACACGAAGAGAUCUUGAACAAUUUCGAUCAGUUUAUCAAGAUGGCCGGCUCAGAGCUCCUGACUCUCAAGGACGUGGCUCGGAAUAUUACAGCUAGUGGAGGGGAUGUGAACCUAUGGGAGGUAGUAUCUGCAGUAAAUACAACUGUGCGUGAGAACCCCACCUCCAAUAUGGCGAAAAUUAUGAAAAAAUUUGAGGAGCGGUAUCUAAAUCCUGACACAACCAUGGAGAAACUGGAACCAGCAGAGAUGGUUUAUGAAAGGUCUCUCUCCUCCCUCCUAUUCCUCUCCAUGGGUAUAUUUCUUCUCAAUUCUGUAAAUGAAUUGGUUGAUACUGGAUACUUACCUUCAGAAGGGGAAGGUCGAAGCCUACCGACCAAUCUAGUUCUAAAGGAUGUAGCAGACAAUUCACUCAGACAUCAGGAAAUAUUUCAGCUGUUCAAUGCAUCAGCUUUCGAUCUCUUCCAGGAUGGCGCAGAAAAAGGAGAAGUGAAUUCAAACAGCAUCCUUCGAGUCAUAGAUCCUACAAAUCCUGCGUCCACUGUAAACAGCUAUGUUAGAUUGGUAAUGAAUUUGAUGAAUGCAUAUGUGGAGGACAAUCAAGAGUUUGAAUGUAUCUACGCAGCAUAUUGUUUAGAACUAAACCAACAGGCCAAGCUGGAAGGAUUAGCUAGCAGUGUGGCGAAGAUUAACAGUGUUGGGUUGAGAUUAACCCUGAAGGAGUUAAAGAGUUCAGAUGUACCGGGUACACUUCUCAGUACAAUGCUGGCCUGGAAGGAUCUACCCUGUACAACUAUGUUUCCAUCCUGUGAUAUACAAGCAGAAGCAGGAGAUAUUGUACAAUUAGAGUAGUCGUACAUGUACAAGUAAACUACGGUACAAGUGCAAUAUAAUGGAUAAUGAUGCUCUUUUAACACAAAAUUGAGAUUUAUUAUCAUUUCUGGACAAUAUUAGGGUUAAAAACAAACGCCCCUUGAAUUAAAUUUGUCAUCUUUUAAGUAAACAAUACAAGGGGGAAAUAGUGUAAACAAUAAAAUAUAAAACUAGGUUGAGGAGAGUAGGGUUUGUUCCACAAUGAUAAACAAACUAUCCCCCUAUUCUUGGAUUUAUUACUAUCAUUGUUUAAU